UAAUCCUCCACAUACUCUACACCUUAAAUUAUCUCAUUGUUCAAAAUAUAUUUUCAACUAAUUCGACAUCGAUUGGACUUUCUCCGACUCCAUAUAAGAUUAAAUUCGUUGGAAUGAUGACAACAUUCUCCGCCCUCAAUGCUGAUUAGUGUCAAAUAAGACAAGAUGCCGAUUUACGAGACGGUUCUGCAGGAAAAACCGCCGGUUGUUUUGGAGAUAGGAAAUGCCUACACUAAACUGGGAUUCUCGGCUGAGCCGUUCCCUCGCUUCAUCAUCCCAACCCAAACGCUGAAUACACUUGGACAGUCAGAGAAAAUUUUGCAGUAUGAAAACAAGACAAAGUUAUACGACAAAUUCGUGCAGCUACUGCAGACGAUCUUCUUCAAGCACCUCCUGGUCAGUCCGAAGGAGCGGAAAGUGGUCGUAGUUGAAAGUAUAUUCUGCCCCACGGAGAUCCGUGAAACGUUGGCUAAGGCUCUAUUCCACCACUUUGAAGUGUCCUCGCUGUAUUUUGUGCCAGUACAUCUCGUUGCGCUUUCAACAUUUGCUAUCGAUACUGCUCUCGUUGUGGACCUCGGAUUCAAGGAGACCACGAUUAUGCCUGUCUACUCAGGCGUGCAAGUGGUCAGGGCAUUCCAGGCUCAGUCAUACGGAGGGGAAGCUAUACAUCAGGAAAUCAAGAAGCAACUAGUGUCAAGCGGCAUCGAUGGGGCAAAUCUUUCCGACGACAUAAUCGAAGACAUUAAAGUUCGAACCUGCUUCGUCACCAAAAGGGAACGUGCAAUUAAGUCGCGUGAUGGCAAUUUAGAUUCUUACUGUCCAGAUGUCGACUACCAUCUAAACGGCAAGGAAAUCAUAAAAGUGCCAGGCUCGCUACGGGAGACAGCAGCAGAAGUACUGUUUCCUGAUGAUAAUGAGGAUGCAAGCCUUCCUAGGCUUAUAUUAGACUCAAUUUUGUUGUGUCCAAUGGACAUGAGGAAGGAUUUGGCGGAGAACAUUGUUCUGAUUGGCGGCACGGCAAUGAUGACGGGACUGGCUGCCAGGCUCAAAGCGGAAAUAUUAGAUUUGCUUUCCUCAGAUUGCUACAAGGAGCGUCUGUUUGUUAAGCAGAUUAAAUUCCACAAGCCAGUAGCAAAGCCGAACUAUGUAGGUUGGUUGGGUGGCGCGAUCUACGGUGGAACGGAUUUGAUCCUAUCCAAUUCGAUAUCAAAAGACAUUUACUGCAGGAAUGGGAGAAUUCCAGACUGGUCGAGCUUGGAUGACAAUCGAGGGCUUAUUUAGUUGGCGUUGAUAGUUCGAUUCCUUUGAAAGAGAUAUUUAUUACCCAACAUUCAUCAACGUUGAAGAAAACUUUUUCGAUCCACAUAAGCUUUUAGUACUCGAAAUUCCACAGCCGUACCGCUUCACAGCGGAACGUGUGCCUAAAUAUAUUCUUUGCUAUAAACAUAAUAAAACCCAUAUUUAUUUAUUUACUACUAAA